AUGUACCACCACUGGCUUCUUCCGAAGACGCUUAUCGUGUCGGCGCUUUUACCUUCGUUGGCCUAUUCCCAGGUCAAUGCUGGCGAUUCCGGGGCAAGAUCACCAGACGCUUUUCAAUGGAUCCAACCCGCAAACACCACCAUCCUGGGUGAGUACGGGCAUUCACCGCCGGUCUACCCCUCUCCCAAAAUUACUGGAACAAGCGAAUGGGAGACAGCAUUGAACAAGGCAAAGCACUUUGUUUCAUCGCUCACCCUUGAUGAAAAAGCGUGGCUUGUCACAGGCGUUCCCGGACCCUGCAUUGGGAACAUUGGACCGGUUUUGCGUCUGAAUUUCACAGGCCUCUGUCUCCAAGAUGGCCCAAAUGCAGUACGACCAUCCGACUAUGUGAGCGUGUUCCCUUCCGGAAUAACGAUUGCUUCGUCCUGGGAUCGUGACCUCAUUUACGACCGAUUCCAUGACCUGGGACUCGAGUACAAGGGUAAAGGCGCUCAAGUUGCCCUGGGGCCCGUUGGAGGCGCAUUGGGCCGAACGCCAUAUGGUGGCCGCAACUGGGAGGGCUUUUCCCCGGAUCCGUACCUCACUGGAAUUGCUAUGGAAUCGGGCGUUAGGGGCCUGCAAGAUGCUGGAGUUCAAGCGACGAUCAAGCACUGGCUUCUCUACGAACAAGAAACACAACGCUCCCCCACCCUAUAUCCCAAUGGCACUCUCGAGUUCUCAGCGUACUCGUCAAAUGCUGACGACAGGACCAUACAUGAACUCUACAUGUGGCCCUUUGCCAACGCUAUUCGCGCUCAGGCUUCGGCUGCCAUGUGUUCGUACAAUCGUGUCAACGGCUCAUAUGCGUGUCAGAAUUCCAAACUUCUCAACGGGCUCCUAAAAGAGGAACUAGGAUUUCAGGGAUAUGUGAUGACUGAUUGGUCUGGUCUCCACUCCGGAGUGGCCUCUGCCCAAGCAGGAACGGACAUGGAUCAACCUGGUCACAUUGAGCCCAUGACAACCCUUCUCAAUCAGACACGUCUGUCUUCAUACUUUGGUGGGAAUAUAACGUUAGCUGUCCGGAACGGCACACUUCCUGAGAGUCGCCUCGAUGACAUGAUCAAAAGGAUAAUGACACCAUACUAUUUCCUCCGCCAAGAUCAACAUUUCCCGGCCACAGAUCCGGCAAUGGCGUACUACAACACCCAGUUCUCGAGUAGUAACUACUCGAUGGACUCGUUCGUGUUCGGGGAAAAGAGCCGUGAUGUUCGACAGGACCAUGGCGGCCAGAUCAGACGGCACGCAGCUGAAUCGACUGUGAUGCUCAAAAAUACGAACAAUACUCUCCCUUUGAAGGCCCCAACUAGCAUAGCGAUCUUCGGCAGCGACGCGGCUCCCAAUACUCAGGGGCCUUUCAUCCGUGGACCAUCAGAGAUCGGUACCCUCGCCAUCGGUGGAGGGUCAGGCAAUGGGCGAUUCACUUACCUUGUCUCACCUCUAGAGGCUCUUAAGGCACGGGCCGCUCAGGAUAACACUCUGGUCCAAUUCUGGCUCAACAAUACCAUCAUCAAAGAUGCAAACGUGGAGAGCCUCUGGGGCGCGACUGCUCCUGAAGCCUGUCUUGUCUUCCUGAAGUCCCGGGCUACUGAGCGGUUGGACCGCGAGAGCCUCGCGUUGGACCAGCACGGUGAUGCUGUAGUUGAGAGUGUUGCUAGCAAAUGCUCAAACACUAUUGUUGUGACCCAUUCAGGGGGCAUGAACAUCAUGCCAUGGGCAGACCAUCCUAACGUCACAGCUAUCCUUGUCGCUCAUUACCCGGGUCAAGAGUCGGGGCACUCUAUCGUUGAUAUCCUCUAUGGAUCCAAGUCUCCUUCUGGGAAGCUUCCCUACACGAUUCCGUUGAAUGCCAGUAGCGUGAACACAGCCCCGACUACCAAUAUCACUACCUCUGGUGUCGAUGACUGGCAAUCCUGGUAUUCAGAAGGCCUCGAGAUUGACUAUCGCUACUACAAUACCCAUAAAAUACCGGUUCAGUAUGAGUUUGGAUUUGGUCUCUCAUACACAAACUUCAGUAUGGCGUCGUUGAGAGUGAAGCCGACAAACUCAGAAGCUCGCAUUUCGUCUCAGCCAGAGGCUCUUGCAACGCGCCCAGGUGGCAAUCCAGCUCUUUGGGACGUUCUGUUUGAGGCUGAGGUGACACUCCAGAAUACAGGGUCGACACCUGGUGCCACUGUUGCCCAACUCUACAUUUCCUUCCCGGAUGAAGUUUCAGCGCCUUCACUCCAACUACGUGGAUUUGAGAAGACUUAUCUUUCCCCCGGAGAGAGCUACACUGCCACCUUCCCGCUAAUGCGUCGAGAUCUAAGUUACUGGAACGUCACUCAACAAAUGUGGCUCAUACCCAAGGGUGAUUUCAUCCUCCGUGCUGGCUUCAGUAGUCUUGAUCUCCAUGACUCCGUGGUUUUUCGUCCCGUCGAAGAGUGA